AUGUUGGUAGCAUCACCAGUGCCUACUUUUACAGGAGCUCGAAGUGGAGCUACAGCUUUUCUACCAUUAGGUAUCCUUUGUUGUAUUGGUAUAAUACUUUUUUUAUUUGCUGUAACAAUCGUCUUAUCUCUUAUUCCAGUCUAUUUGCAUAGAAGAAAUUUAUCAAAGUUUCCUUCAAAUGCAAGAAGAUAUAUUGUAUUAAGACCAGAACAAGGUGUUCCAGCAUACGGUAGAACAUCAUGGAGUGCAUGUAAUACAAUAGCAAAUCAGAUGACUAGUGCAGCUGGUCUUCCUUCGAAUGUAGUGACUCCACUGUCAUGCACAUUUGCUGUACCAUCAUCGGGUAGACGUCGACGAUCUCGAUCAAUGAGUCAUAUUCGUCGUCAGGCUCGAAAUGGAAAAUUGAUUGGCUUGAGAUUCGCUGCAGCGUUCGAUUUUUAUGGGGCUCGAGCGGUAACUUUCGUUGUAGAAAGUAUAAGUAAUACGGGUUUUAGUGGUCUAUCUACUGAUGCUAUACCGACCGCUACUGGAACUGCUAGCGUUGGCUGA